CUGACCAUCACAUGAUGGGAAGGGGAUGUUACUCAAUCUCGACUCGAGCUAUUACUAACACAAAACCCACAAGAGGAACUCGAGCAUGCGACAGACUUCCUGCUUUGAAUUCCCGACAAAGUGAGCGGAGAGAGAGAGAGAGAGAGAGAGCAGAAGAAUGUCCCCGUCCGGGACAAUCCUGAUCGGUCUCUUCCUUUACCUGCGGCAAGCUGAGCCUGCGGUUCAUUGCGAUGUGUUGCAGCCGCAGCUGCUGGUGCUGGUGGUGCAGAGGGAGUCGGCGAGGCUGCUCUGCCAGUACCAGUGUGAGAGCACAAACAAGUCGGUGCCGCUGACCCAGCCCGUGCAACUCAAGCUGCUGCUGUUCCGGGACUCAGAGAGCAACGUGCUCAACACGGGCCAGGACACCAUCAUAUCCAAGCUGGAGACGGUGUGGGAUCUGCCGGAUAGAGGUGCCAACGACAGCGGCAUGUACUUCUGCCAGGGGACCUACAAAUCCACGAACUUCAAAGGCCCCGGGACUCUGCUGCUUGUCCACCUGGGCGAGAAGCCAGCAGACAACACACGGAACGUUGUCCUUCUGGCCGUCUGCUGCGGGCUGGCCGCCUACUGUCUCUGCCUCACCACGGUCGUCUGCAUCCGGAAAAAGACCUGUUCGCGGUGUAAAUCGUCCUGGGCCAAGACUCACAGCGGGAAGACGCGCAAGCCUUCUGCAACCGAGCAGGCACAGUCGGGCACCGAGAGGCCGGGAGAGCCGGCGGCGGGAGCAGCCGAGAGUGAGAAUGCGUACAUGGCUCUGCAAGGGCGCCAGGAGUCGUUCUACCACACGCUGCACAACAAGGAGAGGUCGGAGGCCGGGGGCACGUCGACAAAGAGGAAGAAAGCGGAGCAGACGGAGGUGGAAGAUGCAGCCCCUGAGUGCGUCUACGAGACUUUCUGAGUCCGAGUCCCGGAGUGAAGCAAAGCAUUGCUGCAGUCUGAAUAAAACACAAAGCGCUGGAGGAACUCGGUGAGUCGGGCAGCAUCUGUGGACGUGACGUUUCAGGUCUACGCACAAGAAAGUAACUGUCCCUGAGGUUUGUGCUGUGGGGCAUCAGGCUUCAGAUCAAGGGCUCCGACCAGAAACGUCGCCCAUUCCUUCUCUCCAGAGAUGCUGCCUGUCCCGCUGAGUUACUCCAGCUCUUUGUGUCUAUCUUCGGUGUAAACCAGCAUCUGCAGUUCCUUCCUACACAGUUACUCCAGCAUGUUAUGUUUCACUCAAGGUUUCAGCAUCUGCAGUUCCUCAUGUCUACAUCACCCGGUGGGUUCUGUCUGUCCUGCUGUCUUCAGGGUCGCCUAAGUUGUCGCAGAGACCCUCCCCUUAUCCCUGUCCCCAAACAUUCUUCUCCAACUACAGACCCCCCCUCCCCCCAGCCAGAAGUAGGUAGGAUUCGCUCCCCUUCUCGGAGUGAGAUGGUCACUCUUCUUCUCACCGGCUCCACUUUGCCGACUGAUUCACCUGCGGAGGCACCGUGACCCGGAGCUCCCAGGUGCCCAUCCGUGCCGUCCACAAACGGACCAGAGUCCCGGAAUACCGGCACCGAGCUUCAGUGCGUCCCUCAACACGUACUCCUGGAGUCUGGAGUGCUCCAGUCGGCAACAUUCCCCGACGGACUUAACAAACGCACUGGGAAACACUCUGAGCAAACCCAAAGUGUUUCAAAGAUUAGCAGCACCCACAGCACUUUUAUAUUCCCACGACAGCUUGCUUGUGGCGGCGCGGUGGCAUCGUGAUAGAUCUACUGCCUCACAGCGCCAGAGAUCCGGGUUCGAUCCUGACUACGGGUGCUGUCUGUAUGGAGUUUGUACGUUCUCCCCUUGACCUGCAUGGAUUUUCUCCGAGAUAUUCGCUUUCCUCCCGCACUCCAGAGGUACAGAUAUGUAGGUUAAUUGGCUCGGUAUAUGUGUAAAUUGUCCUCAGUGUGUGUAGGGUAGUGUUAACGUGUAGGGAUCACUGGUCGGCAUGGACUUGGUGGGCUGAAGGGCCUGAUUCCACGCUGUCUCUCUAAACUAAACAGGACAACUCACCACCACUCAAAGGAGGUGAGCAACAAACGGUGGCCACAGGGGGGCGCCGCCACGGUUAGAGCCACUGAUUCACCGCCUCCAGAGACCAGGGUACCAUCCUGACCUCGGGUGCUGUGUUUGUGGAGUUUGCACGUUCUCUCCGUGACCGCUUGGGUUUUCUCCAGGUGCUCCAGUUUUCUCCCACGUCACAAACACGUUCAGGUUUGUAGGUUAAUUGGCCUCUGUAAAUUGCCCCAUAGUGUGUAAAGUGGAUGAGAAAGUGGGAUAACACAGCACUCGUGUCAAUAGGUGAUCGAUGGUCAGCAUCGACUCGGUGGGCUGAAGGGCCUGUUUCCACACUCUAUCUCUGAACUAAAUGAAUCUGAGCACCUGGAAUUGUAUAAAUGUGCACACAUAUGCGCGCACACACACGUACAUACCUGUAACAUAUAUGAACAAAACUGCACUUUUCCUGAACACUGUAAAAUGAUUUUUUCUGUAUCAAUUAUGAAACAUUUCAAUCAACUUAAUGUAUGUGAACAGCCCGUGGAGCAGGAGUAAGAUUCUCAAGCAAGUCGCUUUAUUCAAGGCAAUUACAAAACUUUUUUUUAAAGCAAAAUAAACUAUUCAGGAUUAAAAAACAUGUACAAAAUAAGAACUGUGCAAAAUUCUUCAGCCAUUCUCCGUGGCUACACAUCCAUUCGUUAGCGUUAUAGAAUAGAAUAGAAUGCAUUUUAUUGUCAUUCAAACAGCUUGGUUUGAAUGAAAUUUCAUUUUCUACAGUCUUAACAAUGACAAAAAAAACCAAGACCCACACGUAACACAAACAUCCAUCACAGUAAAUCUCCAACACCUCCUCACUGUGAUGGAAGGCAAAAGUCUUAUAUCUUCCCUUUGUUCUUCUCCCGCGGUCCAGCAGUCCAACUGCAGCAUCGAGGCGACUGGGGCUCCUGAUGUUAAAGCCCCCGGCGGGCGAUGGUAAGUCCCGCGGCCGUUUCAGCUGCGCGGGGUGAUGUUCGGCCCCGCUCCGAGUCCUUUAAACCCUGCGAUUCCAGCAGGAGAAGUUGCCGUUGCGGGAGCUACGAAAAGUGGUCUCCCACCAGGUACCUGGAGCUCCCGAUGUUCCUGUCCACUGGGCCUGCGGCCGGAGCCUCCGAAGCUCCGAAGUCGGGUCGCAGCUGCGCGCCACCACAGCUCUCCCCGCUCCGAAGACGGCCAGCUCCGCGAUGUCGAGUCCGCAGGCUCCGCGACUGGAGCCCACAGGUCGUUCCGGUUGGAGGCCGUCGCCGGCUCCGCGAUGUUAGGCCCAACGACAUCGGAGACCCGACGGGGAAAAAGUCGGGUCCCCGUACAGGGAAGAGACUAACGGUUUCUCCCACCCACCACAUAUACACAGCUAAAAAAAUAAUAAAAACUAGAGUCAAGACAUACAUUUAACAAGACAAAAUUGUAAAAAAAAGACAGACGGACUGUGGUCGAGCCGCUGCCGAUAGGCGCUGCCACACCACAUCACAUUAUAUUUGGUAGUGUUGCAAAAAAAGACCAUAAUUAUACCUGGAUCCCGUAUCACUCAUGUGGUCCCCCCCCCCCAGCGUGCUAUCCUUUCCCUUAUUUUGAGGGGCGUCUCCACCACAAUGUGCAUCAGCGGAAGGACCUAGACUGUGGUCCUUCCCCCACCAAGCCUUGGCGUUGGCUGCACCGAGCUUCAGUGCGUCCCUCAGCGCGUACUCCUGCAGUCUGCAGCGGGCCAGUCGGCAACAUUCUCCGAUGGACUUAACGGUCGCACUGGGAAACACUCUGAGAGAACCCAAAGUGUAUCAAAGAUUCUCAGCACCCACAGCACUUUUAUAUUCCCACGACAGCUUGGUUGGGGCGGCACAGUGGCGCAGCGGUAGAGCUGCUGCCUUCGGGCGCCAGAGACCCGGGUUCGAUCCUGUCUACGGGUGCUGUCUGUACGGAGUUUGAACAAUAUUCCCGUGACCUGCGUGGGUUUUCUCAGAUAUCUUCGGCUUCCUCCCACAGUCCAAAGACAUACAGGGUUGUAGGUUAAUUAGCUUAAGAUAAAUGUAAAUUGUCUGUAGUGUGUGCAGGAUAGUGUUAAUGUGUGGGGGUCGCUGGUCGGCACGGACUAUGUGGGCCGAAGGGCCUGUUUCUACGCUGUAGCUCUAAACUAAACUAAACUAGUGCGAGGACUAGCAUGUUGGCCAGACUGAAAGGGUUACAUCUGUCCUGAUACGGGACAAUUACAUUCUUACCAGCAUCAGCAGCAGGUUUGUAAACACAGACUCAAUAGUUGGUGUGUCCUCUGUUGAGCUUCACCCUGCAGGGUGAUUGAUACCCAACCUGCGCUCCAGGGGCCGUUCCCAGAAUUGCACGCCAAAAAAUUGUGGAAAUAGGGGUAACCGUGAGAGAAAAUCGCCAAUAUCACUGCUGCUCACUGACUUGAGAAAGAGCCGGGGCUGGAGCUGGAGGGUGACUGAGCGGUCUGAACCCGAGCACCAGGGUGUAAGCAGCCGAUGGAGCGCAUCC